CGCUGCUGUUUCUUUGUUGAGCUUGUUGCUUCGUUGUUUCUUGCUAAUAUUGUUCUGAUACCCUUUUCUACCACACCUUCAAUCUUUCAAUCUACCCGCCACAAUGUCUGAACGCCCCGAGAACAUUGGUAUCAAGGCCAUUGAGCUUUACUUCCCCAGCCAGUGUGUUGAUCAGUCUGAACUCGAGAAGUUCGAUGGAGUUAGCGCUGGAAAGUACACCAUUGGUCUCGGCCAGACCAGAAUGAGCUUCUGCGACGACAGAGAGGACAUCUACUCCCUCGCCCUGACCGCCGUCUCUUCGCUCCUCCGCAAGUACAAGAUCGACCCCAAGGACAUUGGUCGUCUCGAAGUCGGUACCGAGACCAUCCUCGACAAGUCCAAGUCAGUCAAGUCUGUCUUGAUGCAGCUUUUCAAAGAGUCGGGUAACACCAAUGUUGAGGGUGUCGACACCGUCAACGCUUGCUACGGUGGCACCAACGCACUUUUCAACGCCAUUAACUGGGUUGAGUCCUCGGCUUGGGACGGUCGCCUCGCCAUUGUCGUGGCUGGUGACAUUGCUCUUUACAAGAAGGGUGCCGCCAGACCCACUGGUGGUGCUGGCUGCGUUGCCAUGCUGGUUGGCCCUGACGCUCCCCUGGCUUUCGAGCCCGGCCACAGAGGCAGCUACAUCACUCACGCCUACGACUUCUACAAGCCCGACCUGACCAGCGAGUACCCCAUCGUUGACGGCCAAUUCUCCAUCAAGUGCUACACCCAGGCCGUUGACGCCUGCUACGAGGCCUACAACACCCGUGAGGCCCAGCUCAAGUCAAAGGCCAACGGUGCUGGCAACGGCAACGGUGUCCACGCUGAGCCCGAGACUCCUCUUGACCGCUUCGACCACAUGUGCUUCCACGCCCCUACCUGCAAGCUGGUCUCCAAGUCGUACGCCCGUAUGCUCUACAACGACUACAAGCUGAACCCCGAGAACCCCGUCUUCGCCGAGGUCCCCGCCGAGAUCAAGGACAUGGACCUUGAGAAGUCAUACAGCGACAAGACUGUCGAGAAGACCUUCAUGGCCCUCUCCAAGAAGCGUUUUGCUGCUCGUGUCCAGCCCUCAAUCCAGGUCCCCACCAUGUGUGGUAACAUGUACUGUGGAUCCGUCUACGGCUCUCUCUGCGCUCUUCUCUCCAACGUCUCAUCGCAGGACCUCCAGGGCAAGCGUGUCGGUAUCUUCUCAUACGGAUCUGGUCUCGCCUCAUCCUUCUUCUCUUUCCGAGUCAAGGGCAGCACCGAGGAGAUGCACAAGCAGAUUGACCUCCAGAACAGACUCGACUCGCGCAGAGUUGUUGCCCCUGAGGUCUACGAUGAGAUGUGCAACCUCCGUGAGCGCGCACACUUGAAGAAGGACUACUCGCCUGCAGGCAAUCCCGAGACCCUCUUCCCCGGCACAUACUACCUGACAAAGGUCGACGACCUGUUCAGAAGAGAGUACGCCAUCAAGCAGUAAAUGUUUUGAUUACUACAGAUUGGUGGGGAGAGCAUAUGAUGGCAUCGUGGUGGAGACCAGACGUUGGCACAGACGACAGAGCGAACCCGAAAGCCGCCUGUCUUUGUGUUGGCAGAAUGCUUCAUCGCUCGUGUCUCGGCUCUCGAAUUCUUUUUUAAUUUCUUCUUCUUUUCUCGAAUCACAGAUGGAAUAGCGGCGGCAUACGACUUGUAGUGUACUUUGAAACGUCUUGAAGCCUCGAUAGUGAGAGGCCGGACGAUAACGAAUAUGAAAAGC